GUGAAGACAGCCACCAUGUCUGUGACUGUUCAUGAGAAUCGGAAAUCCCGUACCAGCACGGGAUCUAUGAACAUUUCACUGUUCCACAAGCCAUCACACCCUGAUAGUGUCUUGACUCAUCUAAACACAAUGAGGAAACAGAGCGUGUUCACAGAUAUCACGUUGAGAGCUGGGGACCGCUCCUUUCAAUGUCACAGGGCCGUAUUGGCAGCUGUCAGCCGUUACUUUGAAGCCAUGUUCAGUGGAGGACUACGAGAAAGUAUGGACAGUGAAGUCAAUUUUAGAGACAGUAUACACCCAGAGGUCUUGGAGCUUCUGCUGGAUUAUGCCUAUACAUCUCGAGUCAUUAUAAAUGAGGAGAAUGCCGAAUCGUUGUUGGAGGCAGGAGACAUGUUGCAGUUUCAUGACAUCCGGGAUGCCGCAGCACAAUUUUUAGAAAAAAAUCUUCAUUCUUCCAACUGUUUGGGUAUGAUGCUAUUGUCAGAUGCUCAUCAGUGUAGAAGAUUAUAUGAGCUGUCAUGGAGGAUGUGCUUACAACACUAUGAAACGAUACGAGAAUCUGAGGACUUCAAUAGCUUGACUAAAGAAAAAUUGCUGGACCUUGUGCUUAGUGAUGAGCUGGAGAUAGAAGAUGAACAGGUCGUGUUUAACUCUGUGAUCCGAUGGGUUCGAAAUGACUUGGAUAAUCGGCGUCACCAUUUACCAGAGCUGCUUCAGGGCAUACGGUUGGCUCUUCUUCCCUCUGAAUGUCUCCUGGAGGCUGUUGCGUGCGAGGAACUUGUCAUGGCUGACAAGAAGAGCAGGGUAAUUGUAGAAGAGGCAAUGCAAUGUAAAAAAAGAAUUCUUCAAAAUGAUGGAGUUGUGACAAGCCCCUGUGCUCGACCGCGCAAGGCAGGGCACACGUUGCUGAUAUUGGGAGGCCAAACCUUUAUGUGUGACAAGAUAUAUCAGGUUGAUCACAAAGCCAAGGAGAUUAUACUAAAGGCAGACCUUCCUAGCCCGAGAAAAGAAUUCAGUGCAUGUGCCAUUGGCUGUAAGGUUUAUGUGACUGGAGGAAGAGGAUCAGAAAAUGGAGUCUCAAAAGACGUCUGGAUAUAUGACACAGUUCAUGAAGAAUGGUCGAAAGGAGCACCCAUGCUUAUAGCAAGAUUUGGUCAUGGUUCAGCUGAACUGGAGACCAGCCUGUAUGUAGUUGGAGGUCAUACAGCCAUUGCCUUUGUUUUUCCUGCCUCUCCCUCUGUCUCUUUAAAACAGGUUGAACGGUAUGAGGCUGGCAGUAACAAGUGGACGAUGAUGGCUCCCUUAAGAGAUGGUGUCAGUAAUGCAGCAGUGGUCAGUGCCAAAUCAAAACUGUUUGUUUUUGGGGGCACCAGCAUACACAGAGAGAAAGCCUCUAAGGUCCAAUGCUAUGACCCUGUUGGUAACCGCUGGAAUAUUGCAGCUGAAUGCCCGCAACCUUGGCGCUACACAGCAGCUGCAGUCUUAGGUAGUCAGAUCUUCAUCAUGGGUGGUGACACAGAAUUCACAGCCGCCUCUGCUUAUCGGUUUGACUGUGAAACAAAUCAGUGGAGUCGUGUCGGUGACAUGACAUCCAAGCGAAUGAGCUGCCAUGCUGUGGCCUCCGGAAAUAAGCUGUACGUGGUCGGAGGUUACUUUGGUACACAAAGAUGUAAAACAUUGGAUUGUUAUGAUCCAACAUCUGAUAGCUGGAACUCCAUCACUACUGUGCCUUACUCACUGAUACCCACUGCCUUUGUCAGCACAUGGACCUACCCGCCUAAGUAGAAUACAAUAUGAGGUAAAUUCGGAAUUGCCGAAAAAUAUCAAGUAUUUUUGAUAGGUGCAUGCUGUUUCACUGCCAUUUACCAGCAUACUUGGCAACUGACCAUAUGCAUGGCAACACAAAGCAUUUCCAGUCUGUGGAAAGGUUAGGAGAGUACAACUUUCUUAAGAUACUGGGACACCAUCUAGUUGAAAUAAUAAUCUAAUUUUAUAAAUGUGUGAUACUAUCCGGUUGUGUAAUAGGUAUAUUGAAUAGUUCGAUGCUGGUGCUGUAAAAGGUCGAAAUUUCAUCAGCUGAGAUUG